AACGAUUUUUAUUUAGUUGUGUGUCUUGAAUUCCAUACCCUUUUUCAUUUACCCAAUGCAUCUUGUACAUAACCAUGCAUCCUAUAAACUAUUUUUCCUGUUUCUGUUUAAUUUCAUUUAUCUUAGUACUUUGAAAGACGUUUCGAUCGACGUGUUCGCAUUUUUGGAUCCUGUCUCUUCGUGGUGAUGAACGUUUUAUGGCAACCCAUUUGUAUCUAUGUUCCGGCUUUAACUUUAAAUCAAGUUUCUGGGAUAAGUGUCAACGUGAUUGUACCCGUUACUAGUUUUAUUUGCAUCUUAUACACCAGUGUGGGUGGUAUUAAGGGAGUUGUUUGGACGGAUGUCAUUCAGUCCCUCGUAAUGGCAGGUGCUAUGAUGAUUGUCAUCAUUAAGGGAACUAUGGAUUUGGGUGGCUUGAGCGUUGUGUUGGAUCAUAAUCGUCAGUUCGAUCGUCUUGUGGGUCCAGAAAUGACCUUCGAUCCGACUGUGAGAAUGGGUUUCUUUGCGAUAUUCGUUGGAGGCACAUUGUUCAAGAUCAUGGCAGAUGGCAUUAAUCAGACUAUAGUCCAGCGUUAUCUAACUUUGCCUAAUAAUCAGGACGUUAAGAAGGCCUUGAUUCUGUCAUUUGCUGGUUUUUUGAUGAUCAUAUUGAUGUGCAUUUACAUUGGAAUGCUGGCAUUUGCUGAUUUUUAUCACUGCGAUCCUAUUACAACGGGGCUAGCCCGUGCCAAGGACCAAGUCAUACCACUUUACGUGGUAAGAAGUGUUGGCCAUAUUCCUGGUCUCGUUGGACUUUUUGUAGCUGGAGUUUUCAGUGCUGCUCUGAGUUCCCUUUCGACGGCUCUUAAUUCACUUUCCGGUGUAAUUCUUACGGACUUCGUAGAACCCUACAGAAAGAAGCCCCUGACCGAACGACAAACCGCCUAUUUGUUAAGGGGCGUGGUCAUUUGCUUUGGUCUGAUCUCGAUGGCCAGUGUACCGAUUGUCCAGAGACUUGGCCUGGUCAUGCAGCUGUCCUCAACAGUGGCGGCCAUAACUUGUGGGCCACUUCUUGGAGCUUUUUGUGUGGGAAUGUUACUGCCUUUUGUUAAGACAGAGAGUGUUCUCGCAGGCAUCUCGUGCGCCUCGAGUUUUACAGCCUACAUUGUGGUGCGGGCACAGAUUGCCAUAUUCACAGGAGAGCUGACCUUCCCAACGAAGCCCGUUUCCAUAGAGGAUUGUGAUUAUACCUUUGACCUGCCUGAGAACUGGAAUGCCACUAGCACGGCAAUUCCAAAUGAAUCCAAAAGUCAUGGCAUUCAUGAGAUCUCUUUUCUGUGGUACGCCACAGUGGGUUCUGUGGGCACUGUACUGGGAUCUUUGCUGGCCACUCUCUACUUUGGCCGACAGGAUCCCCGUGUAGUGGAUAAGGAACUAAUUAGCCCAAUUUUGAGAAAAUUCUGGUAUGGAAAAUACGAAAGUGUGUCCAGUGAGGAGAAUAUUAAUAUCCAUGAAUCGGAAACUCAGAUCAAAUUGGAGCAUCCUGAAAAGUGAUAAUAAUCCUUAAUAUUUAUCCUGUAAAUAUAUUCAUCGUGUAUGCAAAACCCAUAA